UUGACCAUAACAACCGUCUUCAGCCAGGAUGAAGUGACAGUGACUACUCCUAGCGGGAAUUCUAAUAAUACCAUUGAGGAGUGUAUCCGAAAUUGUCCGGUGACACCCGAAUAUAAUCCAGUCUGUGGUUCCAAUGGUGUGACUUAUGACAAUCCUGGAAGGUUUUUAUGUGCCCAGGAAUGUGGUGUUGCCUUAUUGGGUAGUGAGGCUCUUGGUUUAGCCUUCAGACACAGACGUCAAGCUGAAAACAAUGAUAACAAUGACAAUUUGGAAGAUAGGUAUGGUUGGAACAGGCCGAAUAGACCAAACAACGGGCGUUUUCCAGACUUUUUCCCCGACUUUCCUGACCAAUAUCCCCAGCCACAGCCACGACCAUGGCCAAGACCACAACCACAACCAUGGCCAAGACCACAACCUCAACCGCAACCACAACCACAGCCACAACCAACAACAGUGAUUCCCCCAAAUACAUCCUCCACUCAAUCCAAUGAUGUUCGUCAGUGCAUCCAAACUUGUCCCGUGACUGCUGAGUAUAAUCCUGUUUGUGGUUCAGACAACGUCACCUACGAAAACCCCAGUAGAUUAUCGUGUGCUCAAGCCUGCGGCGUCAUUUUUUUGGUUUUUACCCAAUCGGUAUUCUCUUACAACAAAUUUACGAGUAGAUUGCCGAACAGUAUUAGCAGAGAUUUAUAUUCAUAUGAAGAGCCGCAAAACAAUUAUGACAGAAACCUUGAUCAACCAAGUUGGAUAUACAAAAAUCACGAGAAGACAAAUUUUAACUAUGAACCGCAGAAUGAUUAUAAUGAUAGAAUCAUUUUUCCCGAUGAUAACGAACACUUUGACAAACAUAAACAAGGGAAUUCAGAGCUUGAGCGUUUUGUACGUAAAUGUAGGCGUUUGUGUCCCUUAAAAGAUAAUUACAACCCCGUGUGUGGCACUGACGAUGUUACGUAUUACAAUCUAGAUUAUCUGAAAUGUGUCAGAGAUUGCGGAGAAAAUGUCGCAUUAAAAUAUUUGUUUGCCUGUAAUGGACAAGGUACUACAAGUAGCACGUUACCUCCUACUACUACUACGGACAACACGCGUUCAUGUAUGUCCCUGUGUCCCACGACUUCAGAAUAUAACCCAGUGUGUGGAACAGAUAAUAUUACCUAUAAUAAUAUUGGGAAACUGUAUUGCGCCCAGGCAUGCGGUGUAGAGGUCCAGUUACAGCGUCAUAUGCCAUGUCCGAAGAAAGAUCCUCUUGAAGAUAGAUAUUUCACCAGCGAGUCACCAAUCACAACGACAACAUUGGAUAGUCGUUAUUUCAGAUCAUGUUUGGACUCAUGCAUAACUACAUCAGAGUAUAACCCUAUAUGCGCUUCAAACGGGAAAACUUAUUAUAAUAAGGGGAAGUACCAAUGCGCUAAAGGUUGCGGUUUGGAUAUUUCAGUUAGAAGCAUAGGAGCUUGUCAUCAAUUAUCAGAACCUGAUAAUAUUCCCAGUGGAACGACAUCUUCUCCAGAUGUAUCGAGUCCAGCUUAUAUUGAUAAGGACUUAUUAGAACAGAUAUUCUCAAAGGAAGAUCCCAACGGUUUUAAAAUCCCCUGUAAAGAGACGUCUCCAGAGUGUUUGAAAAGUUCUCUCCAAGCUUUAAUUCCUGAAUUUGUUAAUGGUAUCCCGGAGUUGGGUAUCGGUAGACUGGAUCCUUUGAAAGUAGAUGAUGUUAAAUUGGAAUUACCUGGAGGUAUAAAAAUUGACUUCAAAGAUGGUUCCAGCCAAGGUCUUCGGAAAUGCACUGUUGAUGUUGCGAGACCGAUUGGGGACAAAUACGAACUAGUAUUUCAUUGUAAUUUACUCAUCAAAGGCAAAUACCGUUCUUCCGGUAAAUUACUGAUGUUCCCUAUUGAUGGCCAGGGCAAUUCGACAAUUGCUUGCAAAAAUUUAAAAACCAGGUGCACAUUCAGAUUGACGACUAUAAGGAAAGGAAAUGAGGAAUACAUUCAAAUGAAAGAUAUUGAUGUCCAACAUACUUACGAGGGCCGAGUGGUUUACCACAUGACCGAUCUUUUCAAAGGCAACGCUGAAAUAAGUAAAAUGGUGUUAGAUUUCAUGAAUGAAAAUUGGAAGCUUGUUGCCAAGGAGUUUGGUGGACCUGUAAUUGACUAUGGAACGGCAGCUAUACUAAAUAACGUCAAGAAAGUAUUAGACGAGGUUCCAUUAAAUGAACUAAUAGAAAAAUAA